AUGACAAGUGAAGUAAGAGAGAAGAAGAUCAAAACCAACGGGAUUUGCUUAAACGUGGCUGAGAAAGGAGAUGAUGGAAGGCCUUUGGUUCUGUUACUCCAUGGCUUCCCUGAGACAUGGUUCUCGUGGCGUCACCAGAUCGAUUUCUUAUCGAGCCAUGGCUACCACGUAGUUGCUCCAGAUCUCAGAGGCUAUGCUGACUCAGAUUCUCCUCCAAACCAUGAGUCUUACACUGUGAGCCACCUCGUUGCUGAUGUCAUUGGUUUGCUCGAUCACUACGGCACUGCUCAGGCUUUUGUGGCUGGACAUGACUGGGGAGCCAUCAUAGGUUGGACCCUAUGCUUGUUUAGACCAGACAGAGUCAGAGGUUUCGUUAGUCUCUCUGUUCCAUAUUCUCCAAGAGAUCCAAAUCUCAAACCUUCCGACUUAUUCAAAAGCUUUGGAGAUGGUUUAUACAUCACUCAGUUUCAGGAACCCGGAAGAGCUGAGGCUGCAUUUGCCAAGUAUGAUUGCUCGACCGUUAUGAAGAAGUUCUUGCUAACAACGAGAUCAGAUUUCUGGGUGGCUCCUCCUGAUACAGAGAUCAUCGAUGAUCUUGAGGUUCCAUCAACGCUUCCGGAUUGGAUAACUGAAGAAGAGAUUCAGGUUUAUGCAGACAAGUUUCAAAAGUCUGGAUUCACAGGCGCCUUGAAUUACUACAGAGCCAUGGAUCUGAACUGGGAGAUACUAGCGCCGUGGCAAGGCUACAAGAUUGUUGUUCCGACAAAGUUUAUUGCUGGAGACAAAGAUAUAGGAAAUGAAGGAGCCAAUGGAACGAUUAAGUAUGCGAAAGGAGAGAUGUUCAAGAGUGUUGUGCCUAAUCUUGAGGUUGUUGUUAUUGAGGAUGGUCAUCAUUUUAUCCAGCAGGAGAAGUCUGAACGAGUUUCAGAGGAGAUUCUUUCCUUCUUCAACAAGUUACGCACAACAGAGUAG